AGCUGUUGAGUAAUUUGCAAGCAAGUCAAGAAGAGUGAAUUCCAACAAUGUCUUCUCACUAGUUUAGUGUGCUGCAUGUAGUAAAAAGAGAGGUGCAUUGAAAAGCCAGGAGAUGCAGGGGUGAUGUUAAUGUGAGGAUGCACAUGUGUUGACUGAAAGCAGAGUGACCCUGUGCGGAGAGAAAGAGGGAGGAGGAGAGAAAGAGAGAGAGGGAGCAGCGUGGGAGGGAGGAAGUACACUUCAGGACUUCUCAUGAAGCACGUCAGACGUUACUUAUGAGAGGAGGCAGAGGACCUUCGCCACCAGUGAGGAACGAGGCAGAGGUGACCCGGAGGAGAAGUGGAGUUGUUUAUAUGCAAGUAGAGGUGAAGAGAAGAGAGAGACCCUCCUCUCUGUGGGUCAGCCGAUGAGAGAAGAUGAAGAACCAAAUCACCAAUGCCCUCUCCGACUUCUUCUUUGAGUAUGAGACCCCGCGGCAGGUGCUGGUGAGGAACAGGAGGGUGGGAGUGGUGUGCCGUCUGAUCCAGCUGGGGGUCCUGGCUUACAUCAUUGGGUGGGUGUUCAUUUACGAGAAAGGCUACCAGUCCACAGACACAGCAGUGAGCUCCGUCUUCACCAAAAUGAAGGGCGUGGGCUACACCAGUGUAAAUGGAAGUGAGAGAGUCUGGGAUGUGGCUGACUACGUCUUCCCUUCACAGGGAGACUCAUCUUUUGUGGUGAUGACAAACUACAUCAUCACCGAAGGUCAGAAGAUGGGAAAGUGUCCAGAGCUCCACGGCAAGCACAACUGCAGCUCAAACGCUGACUGUGAAGGAGGGAGUUUCAAACGUACGGGACAUGGGCAAAUGACGGGAGUCUGUGUGAAAGACACAAAGACCUGCGAGGUGUUGGCUUGGUGCCCUGUUGAGGAUGAUCACAACAUACCAGAUCCUCCUAUGUUGAUGUCUGCGGAGAACUACACACUUUUCAUCAAAAAUUCUGUAACUUUCCCUUUAUUUGGCGUCUCAAGGAGUAACCUGGUUGAGGGUAUUGAUGCUAAAUACAUCAGCAAAUGCCUCCAUGAUCCAGACAAGGCUCCACUGUGUCCCAUAUUCAGACUGGGAGACAUAGUUAAACUGUCUGGAUUCAACUUUGAAACAAUUGCCCGAGUGGGAGGGGCCAUUGGUAUUGUGGUUGACUGGACAUGUAACUUUGACGUGGAUGUAAAGCACUGUAAACCAAAGUAUUUCUUUCACGGUCUGUACGGAAACCCUGCAGAGACGGACAAAGCCAGAGCUUCAGUGGGCUACAAUUUCAGGUAUGCAAAGCAUUAUUUGGAGGACAACGUUCAGAAAAGAACACUUCUCAAAGUGUUUGGGAUCAGGUUCGAUAUCAUUGUGCAGUCACUGGCAAGAAAGUUUGAUAUUAUCCCGACACUGACAGCUAUUGGUUCUGGAGUGGGCAUCUUUGGAGUGGCAACUGUUGUGUGUGACUUGGUGCUGCUCUAUUUGCUACCAAAAAGAGAAUUUUACAAGAACAUGAAAUUCAAAUACACAGACACACAUGUACAGCAUGACAGCGAGUCGCUUGGUUUAGAAACAGGCGACUAUUACACCCUUGAAGCAAAUGCAAGACAAGUCCCAGGCACUGGCCAGUCCAACGACCCUGAUUCAGAGGCAUGUAGCACAGAGACUGAGAUACCUAAAAAAUGACCUGGGAGCAAACCUUCAAGGUGCUUUGAAGGAGCACUGAACAAGGACCCUGCAACAUAACACAACACAGACACAGACACACACACACACGCACACUAAAUGGACUCCGGACUGGAAAGGACACAGGAGACAUUGUUCCAUGUGUCCACUAUUUCUUCAGCAGCCUCUUCAACCAACAUCUCCCCUCCCACAGUGACGCCUGCUGUUGUAUGUAGAGCUUUAGCGUAGCUCAGCUGUAUGUGUACUUUUUUGGGUGUAGCUUGGUUUGCUUUUGUCCACACUUUGGGUGUAACCUCUACAUCCUCCACAUCCGUGCAGGUGAAAGAAGGCUUUCUGGUACUUAAGUGUGUACACAAAUCCCUCACAUGUCACCCAUUACCUCUGUCACUGUCUUUGUCAAAUAAAGAUAUACACGUCAUGUGUGGAUGUGCCACUGUCGGAGUGACUCACCUUGUUUGCACCUUGUGAUCGACGCUGCAAUAAAAGAUGUACAGUAA